AUUAUCUACACUGGACUCUGGAGCAAUAAAAAAAACAACAUUUUUCGACCGAGAUGCCUGCGGGACGUGAAUGUUGUAUGCAGCACAAUCGCUUUUGAUGACGACGAUACGAGGCGUAUUUUAAUUUAAUUGGGAAAUCAAUUAUUUCGGAUCUCACCCGCCGUUAAUCGCGUUCGUGUGGUGUGCUGUUGUAGUAUCGCCGUGUCUAAUUACUAUCAUUAGUAUUCGCUAUUUGUUUUCGUCUGUCUGAAGUAGAUUUUGCGUUUUACUGUGCCGUCGAGCGCGCGCAGCUGAUGAACUAUCCGCCGUCGUAAGUUGAGCUACUUAGUGGCCGUCGGUGUCUAUGCUCGUUUCCGACGGAUACCGUUUGUCGUCGUCGUUGAUGUCGUGUGAUUCGACAGCGGCCGUGGCCGCCGACGAUGUCGUCUGUCCGUGGUCGUAGGACAGGCACCCACUCGAUUCAGACUGUUAUGCGUUUGAGCAUUAACCAUGGGGGCCAACAUGGGAAAAAGUUCAGCAUCUCUGCUGGACGCAUUUCCCACACCACAAAGUCACUUACAUGUUGUCAUGUUGGGCUUAGACAGUGCUGGUAAAACUACUGCUCUCUAUCGACUCAAAUUCAACCAAUAUUUAAACACAGUUCCUACAAUUGGUUUUAAUUGUGAAAAAGUUAAAGGAACUGUUGGUAGAGCCAGAGGUCAAACAUUUUUGGUGUGGGAUGUAGGUGGCCAAGAGAAACUUAGACCACUGUGGAAAAGCUACACGCGGUGUACUGACGGCAUAUUGUUUGUUGUGGACAGUGUCGAUGUAGAACGUAUGGAAGAAGCCAAAAUGGAACUUGCGCGUACUGCUAGAGCUCCUGAAAAUACAGGUGUACCGAUAUUAGUAUUGGCUAACAAACAGGAUUUACCAGCAGCGCGUGAUUCAGCUGAACUAGAACGAUUAUUAGGGCUUAAUGAGCUUAAUCACCUUUGGCAUAUUCAAGCCGCUUGUGCCAUCACUGGAGAUGGCCUUCAAGAAGGCUUAGAUGCAUUAUAUGAUAUGAUAAUAAAACGCAGAAAAUUGGCUAAACAAGUAAAAAAGAAAAGUCGAUAAAUUACUCAUAUUAUCAUGAUUUAUUUUAUUUUAUAAGUAGCAAAAUGUUAUAGGUAAUAAUAAUAAUACAAUUAGAUGAAAUGAAUUUAUAAAAUACUUAGUUUACUUUGCAAACUCCACCCUGUGUUCGUUAUUGUCAAAAAUAUCCUUACAAUUAAAGAUUUCAAAACUAAAAAUGAAUUUUUCAGUGUUUGAUUAUUUCUAAAAUAAGAUUUUAAUUUAUAUUAUUUUAUCAUCGAUUUAACUACUUAUUAUUAUACAUUUUUACUAAUGACAAUGGCUUUGAUGCUAACAUAAAAAAAAGCAUAUCUGUAUUCAUAAAGUUGCAUCAGUUAUAAUUUUUAUAAUUAUUGAUUAUUUAUUUGCUAUGAAUAUUUUCAUACAUACAGUGCUCAUCUAUGUAGGUUGAAUUUCCAACAAUUUGAACCAAUGUUUUUUGGAUCAUUGUUCCCACCGAAUGUAAAUAAUGUAUUGUAUGAUAUCACAAAACUGGUGGCCAUAAUUUCAGUACGGCAUCUUAAAUUUUGACACAAAUUGUUCACUAGUUUUUUUUUACUUUAUAUUUAGCGAUGCAACCAAGGCAUAAUUAUUUGUUCUAUUUGUUGUCACCACACCAUGGUGCUUAAUAUAAUUUUUAAUUUUUAAAAAAUUUAUAUAUAUUACUAUUAUUUCUUUGUAAGUGCAAUAUUAUAUCACUUGUCUAUAAUUUAACUGCACUGUUGAAAUAGAAUGUGUUCAGCAAAUGUUUUUUCGAUUGUUCAUGACAUUAAAUAGUGUGAUAAAUUAGUAAAAAAAAAAAAAAUCAUUUAAUUUAUUAUAAAUAUAAUUGUAAUUUGUGUAAAAAAAAUGUUUGUUCACAUUUAAUAAGACCUUUUAGUUGUUUUUUUAUGAAAACAGAUUUUUGUAUGUAUUGUUUGCAUGUGAUUGAACGUCAUCAAUUUUUGUUUUUUACUUUGGAUACAUAAUUUUGUAGAAAUAUGUAUAAAUUAACAUUUUUAUUUUAUGUCCAUAAUCUCAAAUCCUCUUUUAUGUGUUAUGUUAUUAUAACAAAUAAAAAUAAUUUCUGUUAGUUCUAUGAUGAUUAUUAUAAUAUAUUGUACUGUUUUAGCAUAUUAUACUUUUUGUUUGCUUUGUUAUUGCAUAUUAUGUUUUUUUACAAUUAUACUUAUAAUCUACUUAAAGUAGUUAAAUUAUUAUCAUUUAUAUAUUUAUAUAACUAACCUUACUUUUAUUUUUGAAGAAUUCCGAUAUUUUCUUGUUAUUCUAUUCUGUUGUAAUAAUGUUACUAUUUAUGUAUAUUGUGCAUUUUUGUUUUAUGUUAUAGUGUGAAUGAUUCUGUAAUGAAUGUAUAAUUAACAAACGAGACUGUUUCUAUGUUUUAUUAAAUUAACCUUCAUUUAUAUACUUAAAAAUACGAGUUGACAAUGGUUAGUAAGUAUUAUGAACAUUUAUUUAUGACAUAAUGUAUACAAACUAAUUUUAUUAAUUAUGCAU